AUGGCGAAUGAAUUAUCAUCAUCAAAUUUAUUCUCAUUGAAAGGGAAAAUAGCUUUGGUAACAGGAGGUGGAACUGGAAUUGCUGCCAAAGAACUAAAUCAAAUAGGAUCAUCAUCAGGAGGGAAAUGUAUCCCAAUACAAGCAGAUCUAUCAUCAAAAUUAGCAUGUGAUAACUUAGCAAACGGAAUUGCUAAUAUUGAGGAUGGUAAACUUGAUAUUCUAGUCAAUAAUUCUGCUGUCUUUACACAUGCUCCCCUAACAAAUAUACUUGAAAGUUCGUGGGAUGCAGUUUGGAAAGUAAAUGUUGUUAGUGUAUUCUAUUUAACUAUAGCAUGUUUACCAUUACUCCAAAAAGCUAGUAAUGCUCCACAACAUCCUUCCAAAGUUAUUAUUAUUGGCAGCAUGGGCGAAGGUAAUUUGGAAAGUUUGGUUGCUGCUCAAAAGGAUACUGCUUUACCAUAUAAUGUAUCUAAAUGGGCAUUAAACGGUCUUUCAAGAAAUUUGGCUGCUUAUCUCACUCCACAUGGUGUUAACGUAAACUUAAUUGCUCCAGGUUUAGUCCCGACUAAAAUGACAGAAACCUAUCAUCAAAGUUCUGUUUCAAGAAAAUAUAGAAUGGGCAAUGAAGUGGAUCUAGGUGCUGCUGCUUUAUAUUUAGCAUCUGAUGCUGGUAGCUGGAUAUCAGGUGCUGAACUUAGAAUUGAUGGUGGUGCUUCUUUACGAGGAAAAAAUUUUGACAAAAAAUUAGCUCGAGAAUCAACAAAAUCAAAACUUUAG